CCCGCAACCGAUUUGAACUGCCUCACUACUUUGUCUAUACUUUACAUCCACACUCCAAUCAUCUGGCAAUAUGGCGCCGCCUCCAGGCCGCCGCAAAGGAGGUCAAGGGCCCCAAAAACCAUUCCAGCGGCCCAGACUCCUCAAGCGCAAGAGGGAAGAGGAGGAUCUGGAAGCCCUGUCGAAAAGAGUGGCCGAGUUGGACCCCAAGGCUUCGACGCCGCCAGAACUCUUCACAGACUUACCACUGUCCGCCGCGACACAGGAUGGCCUCGCCGCAUCACAUUUCAAGACCAUGACGACGAUUCAAAGUCGAACCAUCCCGUUGGCAUUACAAGGGGCUGACAUUUUGGGCGCCGCAAAGACCGGGUCUGGCAAGACUCUUGCGUUUCUCGUGCCUGUACUUGAAAACCUCUACCGCAAAAGAUGGACCGGGUACGAUGGCCUUGGGGCUCUUAUUCUCUCGCCGACUCGAGAAUUGGCGAUCCAGAUAUUCGAGGUGCUGCGAAAGGUCGGACGCAACCAUACAUUUUCGGCCGGAUUGGUGAUCGGCGGGAAAAGUCUACAAGAGGAACGGGACCGGCUGGGACGGAUGAAUAUCCUGGUGGCCACUCCGGGCAGGAUGCUACAACACAUGGAUCAAACGGCCGAGCUCGACAUUGGCAAUCUGCAAAUGCUGGUGCUGGACGAGGCCGACCGAAUCAUGGACAUGGGAUUCAAGGCCACUCUUGAUGCGCUGAUCGAACAUCUUCCACGGGAAAGGCAGACGCUGAUGUUCAGCGCAACGCAAACAAAGAGGGUUUCUGAUCUGGCUCGACUCAGUCUGACUGACCCCGAGUUUGUGUCUGUGCACGAGGGAGCCGAAAGUGCCACGCCCUCGACCCUCCAACAGAACUACAUUGUCACCCCAUUGGCCGAGAAGCUCGACGUUCUGUGGUCGUUUAUCCGCGCGAACGUCAAGAAGAAGAUUUUGGUCUUCCUGAGCAGUGGCAAACAAGUGCGUUUCGUCUACGAAGCCUUCCGGCACCUGCAGCCGGGUAUCCCCCUGCUUCACCUACACGGGCGACAAAAGCAGACUGCCCGCUUAGACAUCACGACCAAGUUCUCCAACAGCAAAUACGCAUGUCUGUUCUCGACCGACGUUGCGGCACGAGGCUUGGAUUUUCCCUCGGUUGACUGGGUCGUCCAAGUAGACUGCCCCGAAGAUGCAGAGACAUACAUCCAUCGCGUGGGUCGCACGGCACGGUACGAGCGGGACGGGCGAGCAGUCAUGUUUGUGGACCCCAGUGAAGAGGAAGGCAUGCUGAAAGCGCUGGAGAGGAAGAAAGUAACUGUGGAAAAGAUCAACGUCCGGCAGAAGAAGAUGCAGCAGACGAUCAAAACUCAGCUGCAGAACAUGUGUUUCAAGGACCCGGAGCUCAAAUACCUGGGCCAGAAGGCCUUUGUCAGCUAUGUGCGCAGCGUGCACGUCCAAAAGGACAAGGAGACCUUCGACCUCAAGAAACUAGACCUCGAAGCUUUCGCCGCCAGUCUAGGACUUCCUGGAACGCCGAGAGUGAAAUUCGUCAAGGGCGAGGACGCAAAGGCCCGAAAGAAUGCACCACGACAACUGCUGGCCGCGCUCGAGAGCGAAGGUAGUGAGGAUGAAAACGGCGAACGCAAGCAAAAGAAGAAAGACGGCGUCAGGACCAAAUACGACCGCAUGUUCGAGCGACAGAACCAGGACGUUCUCGCCGAGCAUUACACGAAAUUAGUUGAACACGACGAAGAUGGAGCCGCGUCUGGGGAUGACGACAACGAAGACAACGAAAUGGACUUUUUAUCAGUCAAGCGACGCUUCGACGCCGGCGACGCAGCCCUCGACCAUCAAGGCGACCGUCGUCGUCCUUCCUCCUCCUCCUCUGACUCUGCAUCAGAAUCCGAAUCAGACGCCGAAUCAACAAUCAACAAACCAUCUUCCGAAAAGCGCCGCCGUCGCUCCUCAAGCCACCAUAACGUCAGCGGCGGCGAAACAGACGCCAACGGCGUGAAAGUCAAAACCAUCAAACUCUCAGACAACCCAGCCGCGGAACCCCUAGUAAUCGACUCGCACCGACGCGAAAAACUCCUGAAGUCCCGCAAAAAACUACUUAAAUUCAAAGGCCGCGGCGCCCAUUUGACAUUCGACAGCGACUCCGACACGCCCAAGGACAAGAAGGCGUACCGCGACGAAAGCGAGUUUGGACCCGAAGCCGCCGAGGCCGAGAAGCGCGCGUUCCUGGAGCGCGAGCGCGAGCGGGCCCGCGAAAUGGACGAAGUCGACAAGGAGAUUGCACGGGCCAAGAGACGCGAGAAGAAAGAGAAGAGAAAGGAAAGAGAGAGACGCGAGCUCGAGACCGAAAGGGAACUCAUGGCGCCGCCACGGCUGGCUACGGCUGAAGACGAGGACUACGAAGAAGAAGACCAACGGCCCUCAUUGGAGCAACCGCCGCCGUCGAAACGACAGCGGAAAUGGUUCGAAGAUCCGGCUUCGGAUGAUGAGGACGAGACGACAGCAGACCGUCACAAGACGAAGAGCAGGAAGGCGAAGAGUGCCCGCCACGUGGAAGCAGCAACAGCAGAACCGCAAACGCUCGAGGACCUCGAGGCCUUGGCGUCCGGGCUGCUUGCGACGACGACGACGACGUAAUGGUAGUAGUCACAGUAUUUUCGACCCGACUACUACUUGAAUCACUAUUUGUCUCCGUUGGAUAGGCUACUAGUUAGUAAGUGGGAGAAAGUUUAUCCCACCACUGUAUACCGUACAUACUCUUGCGGGAUUAUACCCCUUUUCGCUCAGGACUCCAAAAGGACCUUACUUUCGGUAUCAGCCAGAAAGCCUCCCCGUCCAUCCCAAUCCCUCGCCUUGGAAAUGACCAGAGAAGCGUCCUAUUCCUUCACAAAACAGGACGGAAGAGCUCACUCGGCAAGCGGUCAAUCGAACGAUGUCUCUGGCCUGGUCCCCAUCGCUGGAAGGUGCUAUCUAUAUAUAAUAAUCACAAAGACUACUUCAAUGAACCCCACAGACACUCCUACCUCCCACAUACCUACAUUUAUUAUCUACCUACAGUACAUUCCCUGCAUACCCGACCGUACAGUACCCAUAGGCGUGAAGACUGGAGAAGCUACCUGGGUACACAG